AUGGAGCAGAAAGCUGCCAGUUUGUACAUCGAGCUCAGCUUUCUAGCAGCCGGGACGGAUAAACCGGUUGGUAACCCCGACCAUCACUGGACCCUCCGGCCUGUGCCACUGUCACCCCGUCUCCAGGCAUCCCGAACCAUGAUCCAGGCCCAAACUCCGCCGGAAGGCCGCAACCAGAAUCGGCCCAACCCCGGGAUGUGGCCGAUGGCCUUUGGUGUAAAGCUGGAGACCGUCACCCCGUUUCUUGGGAAGUACCGGCCCUUCGUGGGACGCUGCUGCCAGAGCUGCACCCCAAGGAGCUGGGAGUCCCUCUUCGACAAGAACAUCGCCACCAUGGGCUUUCACAAUGUGAUCCUCGUAACAGAGAACAGUACCAGGUACCGUGGCUGGCUGGUGCGGCGCUUCUGCUGUGUCAUGUGUGUGCUAGGGUGGAACAUCCCUCCCCCUGACGGAACUGUGCGGGACAAGAUUGUCGGCAGCAAGCGGGUGCAGGAAGCGCUGGCACUGAGGGGCCCUCAGGAGGCCGGCGACGGGGCCAGGCUGAAGUCCUGGACCGCGGAGGCGAGGCACAUCCUAGGCCAGAUCCAGGCCUCGCUCUCUCCGCCUCUGCUCCGAUUCUUCAGCUGGCUCCUGCUGCGGUUUCUGAAGUCCGUCUUCGUAAACGUUCAGCUCCACCAGGGACAGCUCGCCAUGGUCCACCAGGCUUUAGAGGUGCCUGGCGUUCCGCUCGUCUUCCUCUCCACUCACAAGUCACACCUGGAUGGGCUUCUCCUUCCCCUCCUCUUGCUGUCCCAGCAACUAGGGGUGGUCCAUGUGGCCUGGGACCCCCAAAGUUGCUCUCCCGUCCUCAGGGCCUUGCUGAGACGCCUCGGUGGCCUCUUCCCGCCCAUGGGGACCGACCUUUCGCCGGGCGGCCCCGGGGGGGACCUCCCGGGGGUGCUUCUUCACGCAGCUGUGGAGCAGCUACUGAUCAGCAGGCAGCCUCUUUUGGUUUUCUUAGAGGGGCCGUCUGGAGGAGGGUCCCGGCUCUCUGCCCACGGCCGGGCCUGGCUGAGUUUGGUCCUGCAGGCCACCCGGGAGGGCAUGGUCUCUGACGUGGCCCUGGUGCCCGUGGGCAUCGCCUACGACCUAACUCCCGGGGCGCCGCCCGCCGAUUCCCAGGGCUCCGCAUCCCCACUGGGGCUCUGGUCGGUGACUCUGGCUGCUUUGCGGGGCCUGGCGGGACGCCUGGGCUGUGUCCGUGUGGAUUUUUCCCAGCCCUUCUCCCUGCAGGAGUUCAUGGCCAACAUCCCGAAUCGCAGGCCCGGCGGACGGUCCCUGGAAGAGCUGCUGCUGCCAGCCCUGCUCGGCCAGGGGCCCGUCCCUUCCGACUGCGAGCGAGCCCCAAUGUGCAUCCCAGUGCCUGGAGCCCUGGGGAGACCGGAGCAAGCUGACGGUUUCCUCUUAGACAGUCUGAGCUGCCAUAUCCUGCAUGCCAGCGUCUCGAGCUCGGCGGUGAUGGCCGUGGCGGUGAUGGCGGCUCUACUGCUCCACAAGCACCCGGAGGGCCUGUUCCUGUCCAAGCUGCUGGGCGAGUUCUCUUGGCUGACGGAGGAGACGCUGCUGCGGGGCUUCGACGUGGGCUUCUCGGGCCGCCUGCGUCACCUGGUGAUGCACGCGCUGCGCCUGCUGCGCGGCGGCAUCUCCCUGUGGCGCCUGCCCCGAGGCGACGUCCUGGUGCUGCCCAGGGCCGGCCCGGCCCGCCUCCGGCUGGCCCACCACGGGGCCGCCCUGCUGCCCGUGUUCCUCUGCGAGGCCGUGGGCGCCUGUGCAGUCCGGGCCCUGCUGGUUUCGCGCCUGCCCCCGGGCGGUCCCUGGGAACUACAGAGUUUGGAGUUGCUGAGCCAGAGAGAUCUGCACCAACAGACCCUGCUGCUGCUGCAUCUGCUGCCCCGGGACUACCUCUUGCUGCAGCCCUGCCAGUCGUUAUACUGCUACUGCCAGGAGGUACUCGACCGUCUCAUCCAGUGCGGGCUUCUGGUGGCGGAGGAGGCCCCAGGGACCCGGCCGGCCUGCGACACUAGCCGCCGCCGCUUCCAGGAGAAGCUGCUGUGGCGAGCCACGGACGACUUCAGCGACAGCGACAGCGACUACGCCGACGAGGCCGACGGGCGCUGCUUCACACUCAGCCAGCAGACCCGCUGCCCCGACUUCUUCCUCUUCCUCGGCCGAUUACUCAGGCCCCUGCUCACGGCCUUUGCCCGCGCUGCUGUCUUCCUCCAGGAAGGGGAACUGCCGGCUACAGAGUCAGGGCUCGCAGGGCAGCUGCAUCCGUUCUUGCUGAAGACAGCCCGGGAGGACGGCACCUUUGAGUGUGCCAGCUGGGAGCUGGCUGUCAAGGCUGUGCGCACAUUCAGGGAGCUGGGGGUGCUGCGGGAACACCCGGCCCCCGAGGGCCCCCAGCUUUGCUUGGCUCCCACCUUCACUGAACGAAAAAACCAGGAGCAACUGGAGCACGUCAUCCGCCAGUUCAUCUUUGCAUAGAGGGUGGGCCCUCGUCCCCACCAUUCCCUCCCCUCUGGACCCUAGGCCUUGGACCACCUUCGUAGUGGGGGCCGGGGGACGCCAUCAGGUCAGCCAUCUGCGGUCGUGAUCCUCCCCCACAUCUUUAACCCCUCAGCUGUUGCCCGUGAGAUGCUGUGGAGGGUAAAGGAAGCCACAGAGCUGACUAUUAAAAGAGUUUAUUGUCUUCCAUUGAGCUUGAUUGGGGAUUGCGGCGAGGGUGACCAGUCUGAAGUGGG